UCUGACCAGCGAUGACAUGUUUAGUCGCAUGCUCUCGCUCCGCCGCUGGUUGUCUCAGUGGUGUUCAGAAAACGACGUGGACUUUAUUGACAACUGGGAGACAUUCUGGGGAAAGCCCGGUCUGAUUAGAAGGGACGGCAUUCAUCCCACCCGGGAUGGUGCAGCUCUUAUGUCUAGAAAUCUGGCCAAUGUUAUUAGACACUCCCCCUGACAAUGCAGGGUCCAGGCCAGGAUGCAGAGCUGUAGUUUAACAGGGCUGGAGGCGAGGCUUAGUCAGUUAGAGGUGCCUAGCAAAAUAGAAGUGGUUGCAGUUCCCCGCCCUCCAAAAGUUCACCAGGUGCAGCGUUAUAGAGGCGUUAACCAAGAUAACCUUGUAAAAAUUAAAACCAAUGCACAUUUGGUACCAAUUACAGACCGAAAAAUUAGAUGCGGACUACUAAAUAUACGAUCAUUAAGCUCUAAGUCUCUGUUAGUAAAUGAUAUAAUUACAGAGAGCAGGAGUGAUAUUUUCUGCUUAACAGAAACAUGGUUACAGGAGGAAGAGUAUGUUAGUUUGAAUGAAUCAACUCCGCCCGGCUACUUUAAUCAUCACAUUCCUAGAAGCACGGGCCGAGGCGGAGGAGUCGCAGCAAUUUAUAACUCCGGUCUCCAAACAAAAAUUGAACCCAAGUGCAACUAUAAUACAUUUGAAAGCCUCAUGCUUGGUCUGAAAUUUCCGAGCCGGAAAUCAGAGAAGCCAGUUGUGUUAGUGGUAGUGUACCGGCCCCCUGCUGGUGCGUAUCUGGAGUUUUUGUCUGAAUUUUCAGAUUUCCUUUCUGGAUUAUUGAUCAGCACAGAUAAAUUCAUCAUAGUGGGUGAUUUUAACAUUCAUAUGGAUGUUGAAAGCGAUAAUCUUAAAUUAGCCUUCGAUUCUCUUCUAGAAUCAAUGGGUAUCUCACAAAAAGUGGAUAAACCGACGCACUGUUUUAAUCAUACUCUCGAUCUCGUUCUCACCUACGGUGUUGAAACUGAUGGUCUGUUGGUGUCACCUGUAAACUCCCUUUUAUCCGACCAUUACUUAAUAACGUUUGAAUUUAAUUUUGUUGAUGUUGAAGUGCAAAAUAGGAGGUAUUAUUUUAGCAGAUGUUUGUCUGAUGAAGUUAUUGUUAAAUUUAGGGAGGCCAUUGCUUAUCUUACGACAGUGCGAAAUAGUGAUGUAGUCGAGGCCAGUGACCUGGGUUCUACCUCUGCAGAUGUUGAUUUCCUUGCUAGUAACACUGCUGAUUUGUUGCAUUCAGCUUUAGAUGAAGUUGCUCCUUUGAAAAGGAGGGUUUCUAGCCACAGGAGCUUAACUCCCUGGUACAAUUCAGAUAUCCGCAUGUUGAAACAAAACGUGCGUAAAAUGGAAAGGAAGUGGUACUCUUGUAGGUCUGUAGACUCUCAUCGUGAAUGGAAAGAUAUUCUAAUAGUAUAUAAAAAAGCCAUUCGCAAAGCCAGAACAGCUUAUUAUUCAACGCUGAUAGAGGAUAACAAAAGUAACCCACGUUUUCUGUUCAGCACUGUAUGUCCCCGGCCAGGAUUGAACCCAGACGUUCUAGCUGUGAGGCAGCGGCACUACCAGCUGCGCCACCUCUGA